UAUUCAGAAAAGGCGCGUAUUAUUUUACUAUUUUUGUUUAAAAGUUUUCCUUGAAAUGAGUGACAACGGACCUGCUUUGCGCAAGCCAUGGGUUGAGAAAUAUCGUCCAUAUUCAUUAGAUGAACUAAUAUCUCACGACGAAAUCAUUUCAACAAUUAGUCGCUUUAUAAGCCAAAAGCAGCUUCCUCACCUACUUUUCUAUGGGCCACCUGGCACUGGCAAAACUAGCACAAUAUUGGCAUGUGCCCGGCAACUUUACUCGCCGGCGCUGUUCAAGUCCAUGGUACUAGAGCUCAAUGCCUCCGAUGAUCGUGGUAUAGGAAUCGUACGUGGCCAAAUUCUUAACUUUGCAUCUACCCGAACAAUUUUCUGCGAUACUUUCAAACUAAUUAUAUUGGAUGAGGCGGACGCCAUGACCAACGACGCCCAAAAUGCUUUGCGACGUAUCAUUGAAAAGUACACAGACAACGUUCGUUUUUGUAUAAUCUGCAAUUAUCUAAGCAAAAUAAUCCCAGCCCUACAAUCGCGUUGCACUCGUUUUCGCUUUGCGCCGCUGUCUCCUGAUAAAAUGAUACCUAGGCUGGAACAAAUUGUUCAGUCGGAAGAGAUACAGAUUACUGAGAAUGGGAAAAAGGCACUGUUAACUCUUUCGAAAGGCGAUAUGCGAAAAGUUCUGAACGUUUUACAGAGCACUGCUAUGGCAUUUGAUGUAGUGAACGAGGAUAAUGUUUACAUGUGUGUUGGAUAUCCCCUACGACAAGAUAUUGAAAACAUACUGAAGGCCUUGCUUUCCGGUCAAAGUUUUGAGGAUUCAUUUCAAAAUGUGGACGGUGCCAAGUGCGGUAGAGGACUAGCUCUCGAAGACAUUAUUACGGAGUUGCAUUUAAUUGUGAUGAGACUUGAAUUUCCGGUUUCGAUUAUGAAUACAUUGAUUGUCAAGCUUGCACACAUCGAAGAACGUUUAGCAAAGGGAUGCACUGAUGUUGCAAAUACGGCAGCGUUGGUUUCCGCUUUUUUUAUAUGCAGGGACAUGGUUUCAUUGCAUAAGGAAUCAACAUGAAAGGUUACAUCAUACAAUUGCAUAUGUUUUUAUA